AUUGAUAAUAUUAUCCGGCGGCUGGCGAUAUCGUUUGAUAUUCAACUUUUAUGAACGUCUUCAGUUUCCGAUGGCAGACGAGACAUCUACAUACACUUUAGAUGAAGCACUUGAAGCCAUUGGGUUUGGCAAGUUUCAAGGAUGGAUAUUUGCUUAUGCGGGUCUGGGUUCCAUUGCUGAGGCAAUGGAGGUGAUGAUUCUUUCUUUCAUUGGAUCAUCGGUCAGGUCUGAGUGGAACCUAUCAUCUACUCAAGAAAGCCUAAUAACAACGGUCGUCUUUGCUGGUAUGCUUGUUGGAGCAUAUUCAUGGGGUGUCGUCUCAGACAACUUUGGCAGGAGAAAAGGUCUUCUGAGCAUCGCUCUUGUGACUAGUGGAGCUUCAGUUUUAAGUGCCUUCUCUCCAAACUAUAUUUCAUUGGUCAUUCUCCGUUGCAUAGCAGGCAUUGGUCUGGGUGGCGGUCCCACUUAUAAUUCUUGGUUUUUGGAGUUCAUUCCUGUUCCAAACAGAGGCAUUUGGAUGGUUGUCUUUGCAACAUUUUGGACGAUCGGAACAAUAGUUGAGGCUUUUCUUGCUUGGAUCGUCAUACCUCGUUAUGGUUGGAGGUGGUCACUCGCAGUUUCUUCAGUUCCUGCUUUGGCUGCUCUCAUCUUCUAUAGACUUGUACCGGAAUCCCCAAGAUAUCUUUGUAUGAAAGGUCAAACAACUGAAGCUCAUAAUAUACUGAAAAGAGCAGCUGCUGUCAACCAACGUCAACUUCCUUCCGGGAUCCUUCUUUCUGACCAAAUUAAAUUUUCGGAUGAUUAUCUUGAUACACAGGAAGAUUACCAUUUGCUAUCCCAAAAAGGAAACAAAAAGAUUGCUUCUAAAAGAGGUUUCUCAACCCCAAGGAUGCUAUUCUCACCGAAUUUGAUUAAAACAACCUUCUUAUUAUGGAUUCUAUUCUUCGGAAAUGCAUUUGCAUACUAUGGGAUCAUUCUGCUGACCUCAGUACUGAGCAGUGGGCAAAGCCGUUGUACGCCAUUAACUUCGUUUUCAGUGAAUAACACUGAAGAUUCCACCUAUAGAGAUGUAUUCAUAACAAGCUUGGCGGAGGUUCCCGGUCUUAUUGUUUCAGCAUUUAUAGUGGACAGGAUUGGGCGCAAGCAUUCAAUGGCACUCAUGUUCUUCAUAGGUUUUAUAUUCCUUCUUCCACUGCUUUCACAUCAAUCCGAGAUGUUUACAACGGUUUCAUUAUUUGGAUCCCGUAUGUUUCUCAUUGGAACGUUCACUGUUGCCAAUAUCUAUGCUCCCGAGAUAUAUCCAACCUCUGUGAGGACAACUGGCAUCGGUGUUGCAAGCUCUGUUGGUAGAGUUGGGGGAAUGAUAUGCCCUCUUGUGGCCGUCUAUCUAGUGAAUGAUUGUCACCAAACUACUGCAAUCAUUGUGUUCGAGGUUGUGAUAAUCCUUUCAGGUUUGUGUGUCAUGUUCUUCCCACAAGAAACAAUGUCCCGGGAACUAGCUGAUAACAUCUCUUUGCCUAGUAUGACAGAGGAAUAUAAUGGUGUUUAGUUAAAAAAUAAGUAUUCAUGUAAAGUGUUCAUUCAUAUGUCUUAGUUUGUAAAUAUUACCGCAGUUUGGGCAUACCCAAUAUGAUAUACGAACCCCCGAAUAGUAGGUUAUAGCAACUUGUAAGCAACUUAAUCAGUUGCGCAAGCUAAAAUGUAUGUUUAAUAGUGGUUAACAACUUUACAUCCCUUCUGAAAUAAAAAGUUUCAUGAUGAUUUCUUUA